AUACAAAUUAAUACAAAUGUCUGCUGUUACAUGUGAUGUAUUAUAUAUGUGUCGAUAACACGAGUAACGAAUUAAUAAACACAAGUAAUAAUAAAUAGAUAUAUAUAUUAAAUUUUUUAUAUUUAUUUAUUGAAAUUAAAAGUUAUUUAUAAAAUUAAUAUUUAUGUCAAUAUGAAUACCAUCGUAUAUAAUAAAACCAUAAUUGCUGUUAAUUCUAACCUCAUACGACGAUGCUACUGUACGAAGCACAGGUAUCUAAAUCACAAACUUCUUCACCCUUCGAUAACAAAAUUACCUUAUAUAUGUACUUUUCCUCCCCCCUCGUCGACAUACAAUUCACUAAACCCACCAUCCUCUCUUCCUUUUUCCUUGAACACCCUCCAGAUCCGUGAUUUUCAUCUGUUUUUACCUCUUCGUGCUCAAGAACCCUCGUCGAAGGUUGAAGAAACAGUUAAAAGUCUCAAAGAAGAUCAAGAAGCCAAAGAAAAAUCACCUGCAGUCACUGAGGCAAAUAAAUCGCUUACUCAAAAACGUAAAAUCUGGGAAAAAGUAAAAGCUGAACUGAUUCAUUAUUAUCACGGAUUUCGUCUUCUUGGUCUUGAUAUGAAAAUAGCUGCUAAAUUAGUCGUACGUUUAUUAAGAGGUCAUGAAUUAACACGACGUGAACAUCGUCUUCUUAUUAAAACAACUGGUGAUAUGUUUAGAUUGAUUCCAUUUUCAGUUUUUAUAAUUGUCCCAUUUAUGGAAUUUUUGUUACCAUUUUUUAUAAAAUUUUUUCCUGGUAUGUUGCCAUCAACAUUUCAAACAGCUGACGAUAAAGAAAAUAAACUUAAACAAUCAUUGAAAGUUAAAAUAGAAAUGGCUAAAUUUUUACAAAAAACACUUGAUGAAAUGGCCGUACAAUCAUCUGAUCAUCGUUCAGUUAAAGCUAAAGAAUUUUCUGAAUUUUUUAAUAAAUUACGUUCUACUGGUGGUGUUGCAUCAAACGAUGAUAUAUUAAAAUUUUCAAAAGUAUUUGAAGAUGAAAUAACACUUGAUUCAUUAUCACGUCAACAAUUAGUUGCACUCUGUCGUCUUUUAGAUAUUCAGACAUUAGGUACCAGUAAUUUCUUACGAUUUUUAUUGAGAAUGAAAUUAAGAAAUUUAGCUGCUGAUGAUAGAGUUAUUGAAAAAGAAGGUGUUGAAACUUUAACAAGAGCCGAAUUGCAACAAGCAUGUCGUGCGCGCGGUAUGCGAGCAUACGGAAUGCCCGAGAACAAAUUACGUGAACAAUUAAAUCAAUGGUUAGAUUUAAGUAUUCAUCAAAAAGUACCGCCGUCAUUGCUGUUGCUUUCAAGAGCUCUGUUUAUACCAGACACAAUGCCUAUGUCUGAUAAACUUAAAGCAACUAUUUCAGCACUACCUGAUGAUGUCCUUGCAAGAACUAAAGGUGCCAUUGGUGACAAAGAGGGUAAAGUUGAUCACAAGACCAACAUUGAAAUUAUAAAACUUGAAGAAAAGAAAAUCGAAGAAGAAAGACAGGAACAAAAAGCUCAGGAAACACCGGAACCUGUUGUUGUAGAGAAAGUUGAUGAGAUAACUACCACUGAUGUUAAAGUACUGGAGCAGGCUCUAGAUUCUAUUGGCAAAGAAAAGAAAAUGGCCGUUGAGAAAGAAGAGUUGAAGGAAUUGAAGGAAGAAAUGGCUGAGUACGUUGAAGACAUUCAGGAAUUGAAUGACAUUAAAGCUGAGGCUAUGAAAGAUGGUGGCAGUGAAAUUGAGGAUUUGAAGGUCUCCAAGGGUGCUAAUAGAUUGUACAAGAAGGUCAACAAGAUGAUUAGCAAAAUGGACAAGGUGUUGGAAGAAUUGGAGGUUGAAGAGAAACAGGUCAAGCAAAAGAUUGAGGGUUUGAAACAUAAUGAGGAUAAAGUUGAAGGUGAUGUAGAAGAAGAAUUGGUCAAGAUUGAUGAACUUAUUGCGGCAAUAAAGAAGAUUCAGAGUGUCCCAGAUGAAGAGAAGUUGAAUAGGAUGCAGGAAAUUUUAGGAGAGAUUGAUGUUGACAGAGAUGGUGCUAUUAAAAUUGAAGAUGUCCUUAAGGUAAUUGAAUUAAUUGGCAAAGAAGACGUUAAACUGAACAAAAAACAAUUGAAUGAAAUAAUAAAUCUUAUGGAGAAAGAAGAAGUACUUGAAGUCGAAGAUCAAAUACAAAAAGCUUUACUUAAAGAAAGUAAAGAGUUAAAGGAAAAUAUUAGUAGCAGUAGUAAAUCAAGUGUACCAGCAACACCAGUUACUAAACCAGACAAAUUGCCAUCCGAAGAAUUUAUUAACGAAAUACCCAAGAUUUCAGUGAAAGCGACUGAUGUUGCCAGUGAUAUCGAGUCAUCACAGUCGGUUAAAAAUAAACCCACAAUAAAUAAAUUGAGUGAUCCAGAAGAACUUAAAGAUCCAGCGCCAAUUAUUAAAGAUUCAAUUGAUCAUAAAACGUUAUCAUCAACACCGCCCGUAACAUCGACAGUACCGCCACCGAAACCAGCUAAAAAAAUAAAAGGUUCUAAACAGCUAUGAUUAAAUAAUAAAGAAUACUUUGAUAAUAAAUAAUUUAAUAUUUUAAAUGCUUAGUAAAUCGAAAACAAAACGAAAUAUUUUUUUUACCAGAUUAAAAUAUUGAUACGUCGUCAUAAUGGAUUAUAUAAUUAAAUUGGAUUUAAUUUUAUUAUUUUUUCAAGUUAUGGAAAAUAAUAAAAAGGUAAAAAUUUAUUUUAUUUUAUAAAUACUUUUUUUUUUUAAAUAAUUCAAUAAAAUAAUUAAAAAUUACAUGGGAUCGUUAUCAUUCCGUAAUAUUUAAAAAGUUUGAAAAUUUUUAUAAAACUAAUUAAAAUAAUUCACUAUUUAAUUUAAUUUCAUUACUUAAUUAUUAAUAUAAAUAAAUAAGAGCAUUUUUAAUGUCAUUUUUUGUUACGCUGAGAAAUUUAAAUGCCAUAAAA